CCAAUUACGUUUGUGCUCAAAGAAACCCUGACAAUGCCCACUUGGAUUUUUUUCUUUUUUACCCUCAAGCUUCCUAUGCUCCUGUGCAAAUUGCUUACCGAUAAGUGUUUUGUUUCUUCCACAGACAAUGUAUACCAGGAUGGGGAUAUGGUGAUCAGUGCAUUCUUACCCCUUUAUACCUAUCAAACCUCCCAACACACUGAAGGGGCAGAGAGCAUAGACGUCAGUUUACGGAUUACGCCACACAACUACCAAUUUGUGAUGGCCUUAAUUUUUGCCAUAGAGGAGAUCAACAGAAACCCUAUACUUUUACCUAACAUGACGCUUGGAUAUGAUAUUCACAGUGCUGGAUCCAUUGAAAGAGAGACAGUAAUAUGUUUCCUCAAGUGGCUAACAGGGCAGAACAGACUCAUUCCGAACUAUACGUGCAAAACAGAGGAAAAAUCUGUGACUGCCAUAACAGGAACAACAUGGGAAAUUUCUUCCCUAAUUGCCAUAUUUUUGGGUCUAUAUAAAUAUCCACAGCUGAGCAUUGGACCUUUUGAACCAAGUAUGAAUAACUCUGAGAAGUUUCCUUUUCUGUAUCAGAUGGCUGCCAAAGAAUCUUCUUUGGCCUUAGGCAUGGUCUCAUUGUUUGUCCAUUUCAAAUGGAAUUGGGUGGGACUGGUCAUCUCAGAGGAUGAGAAUGGUGUUAACUUUGUCACAGACUUGAUUCCACAAAUGGAAAGAAACACAGUCUGUGUAGCCUUCAUGGAAUUUAUCCCAGUUACUCACAUGAUGGACCUGGAAAACGCUUAUGAAUACCCUAUUCGGAUUAUGAGAAACCCAGCCAAAGUUGUUAUCAUUUACGCUAACACUGAAACUUCCUUAGGUGUGUUGUUUAGAAGAUGGGAAUAUAUACUUCCGUGGAGAAUCUGGGUUACCACUUCAAAAUGGGAAGUCAUGACUUCUAUGAGACAUUUAAUUCUUGACUCAUUCCAUGGGACUCUCAUCUUUUCACAAUGCCAAGGUGAUAUUUCUACUUUUAAAGAGUUUGUAAAGACAAUGAGACCUUCUAAAUACCCAGAUGACAUUUUUCUUGCCAGACUGUGGGAGAUUUACUUUGAUUGUGCAAUAUCUAAUGCUACCUGUAACUCAUUAAAAAAUUGUUCAUCUAGAGGUAACUUGGGAUUGUUACCUUGGUACCACUUUGACAUAGCUAUAAGUACUGGCAGUUACCAUGUAUACAAUGCUGUAUAUGCUGUGGCCCACACCAUGCACAAGAUGCUUAGUCAAGAAAUAGACAUACACGGAAUGAAAAAUGGAGGAAGAAUGAAUUUCCCACCCUUGAAGCUGAACUCGAUACUGAAGAACAUCAAAUUCAUGAAUCCUGGGGGAGAUCCAAUAUCUUUGAAUCCUUCAGAGAAAUUGCACGUGGAUUAUGACAUUCUGAACUUCUGGGACUUUCCACAAGGUCUUACAUAUAAAGUGAAAGUAGGAACAUUUUCUCCAUAUUUUCCACCUGGUCAACAAUUGUCGAUUUCUGAGGACAGGAUAGAGUGGAGCAUAGGAGUGGAGCAACAGAUUCCUGUCUCUGUAUGCAGUGAAAGUUGUGGUCCUGGAUUCAGGAAAUCUCUUCAGGAAGGGAAAGCCGCUUGCUGUUUUGAUUGUGUCCCAUGUCCAAAAAAUGAAAUUUCCAAUGGAACAGAUAUUGAUCAGUGUGUGAAAUGUACAGACGACCAGUAUGCCAACACAGAUCAGACUCUCUGCAUCCAAAAAGCUGUGACAUUUCUGACUUUUGAAAACCCUUUGGGUAUGACACUCGCCAGCAUGGCCUUAUGCUUUUCUAUCCUCACCUCUUUUGUCCUGGGGAUUUUUGUAAAGCACCAAAACACUCCUGUGGUGAAGGCAAAUAACAGUACUCUCAGCUACAUCUUGCUCAUCUCCCUCACCUUCUGCUUUCUUUGCUCAUUUCUAUUCAUUGGUCAGCCCAACGCAGUCACCUGCAUCCUGCAGCAGACCAUGUUUGGAGUUGUUUUCACUGUGGCUGUUUCUACUGUCUUGGCAAAAACCAUUACCGUCAUCCUGGCCUUCAAGAGCACAGCUCCAGGAAGAAGGUUGAGGAGGUUGCUUAUAUCAGGAGCACCGAAAUUCAUCAUUCCCAUCUGUACACUAAUACAAACUGUCCUCUGUGGAAUCUGGCUGGGAAUAUCUCCUCCAUUUGUGGACACAGAUGCACACUCUGAACAUGGUCAUAUCAUUAUUAUGUGCAACAAGGGCUCAGUAACAGCCUUCUACUGUGUGCUGGGAUACCUUGGAGCUCUGUCCCUAGUGAGCUUCACAGUAGCUUUUAUGGCCAGGAACCUGCCUGACACCUUCAACGAAGCCAAGUUCUUGACCUUCAGCAUGCUGGUGUUCCUCAGUGUUUGGAUCACAUUUCUCCCUGUCUACCACAGUACUAAAGGAAAGAUCAUGGUGGCUGUGGAAGUCUUCUCCAUCUUGGCCUCCAGCACAGGUCUUCUAGGUUGUAUCUUUAUCCCCAAAUGUUAUAUUAUUCUUGCAAGACCUGACAUGAACUCAUUGAAAUCCAGAAGAAAUAGAGUUCAGUGGAAGUAGGCAGGUUUUAGAAUACCUCAGUUUACUUCUAGAGUUUUGAGUACUGUAAACAAAGUUUGUCAGGUUAAAGAACUAUGCAUCUGUGACACAUGCUUGAAGCUUGAGUGAGUGGUUACACAGUUUAUGUUUUGUAAUAGUAGAGUGUUUUAUGUUAAGUAUUAAAUUAUCUUGAGCUGUUUUAGCCAUUUAAUCAGGCAACUAUAACUCAUCUCUCUAUGUUCAGUUCUAGUAAAAUUAACAAUGUGGUGCAGUCAUGACUGCCAGAUGAAUACUUGCACAAUGUCCAAGUGUGUUUCCAACAUCUACCAAACCAAAGGUCAAGAUAAUAUAGGAUAACAUCAUACAAUUUACCAUAAAUAUAUUUACUAGGCUUAUUGUAACUUGACCACAUAAUUAUUCCUGUAAUAUAAUUUUAAACAGUAUUGAUUUGUAUAUUAAUUCAUUCUGUUACUAUAAAAGAACAGCAUAAAGGCACCAUCAAAUCUAAACACAGUAUUUGAGGUAAUCUAUAUUCUAAGGCUAUGGUCACUGGUAUUUGUUGCUAGUAUAAAGUUUUCCUUACAACAUUUGAGGUAAAAUUUCUUUGUGUAUUUAAUUAUUUGUAACUUCAGCAACCUUGGAAAUGCUAAGCAUAUUUUCCAUUGCAGUCAUAUGAAUUAUAACAUUAAAAGUCAUGACGACAGGGGUUGGGGAUUUAGCUCAGUGGUAGAGUGCUUGCCUAGCAUGCACAAGGCCCUGGGUUCGGUCCCCAGCUCCGAAAAAAAGAAAAAAAAAGUCAUGACUACAUCACAUUGUUAAAUUUGCUAGAACUUAACAUCACAAUAAAUCACAUCUCUGGUGUGUGUAUGAUAGUAUUGAGAGAGAAAACUAACUUAAUAGAAAGAAUCCAUCUCGACUCUUGGAAAUACAUCCAAUGGACAAGAUUUCAGUGGUUACCAUAAAUAGAAGGUAACCUAAGCAUCAAUAUUCAGGAAUCUCUUUUGUAAAUUAGAUGCAACUUAACCAUCUUCUUCAGACUCUUGCAGACAUGAAUUUUCCACUGUGACAUACUGCUGCCUAUAUUGUGAUUUGGAAUAACCCUACUAAUAAAAUUAUGUAUUUAAUGUUAAA